GAGUCAGACACGACUGAAGUCACUUAUCACGCACACAUCACAUUUUCUCUCAUAAAGUGAUCUCUUUUUAGCUUACCAACUGCACAGAUUUCUGAGGGUUUGGAGGAGGUCUUUCUAAAUUCAGAAAAUAUAGCUGUCUUUCACUUAGCAUAACCACAGGAGGUGGUGAUUUUAGUGCCAGAGGCUUAAAGGGAGAUGACUGUAUAAGGUGAUGAGCUGCUGGUCUUGACUGGAAUGUCUUCCUGCCACAGCGUUUCUCUCUGGAACCUCAUAAUCACAACAGCAUUUGAAACUUCUUGGAAUCCUUGUUCCAGGUCAGCACUUGGUGGUGCUCUCUUUCAUUUUUCCGGGACCCUCUCUCAUUGACCAACACCUCCAGCUAAUUCCCGCCAUCUCGGCAGCGGGAGAAGGGCACAUUGCCCCACUCACUGAGUGUGCAUCGGCCAGCGCUUGCAUUUUGGCAUUUUCUGCUUCUGUGCGUCGUAUUGAAUCCUUUAAUGUGCUUCAAUAUGCCUGUGCUGGACUUCAAGCCACUUUCCUGCCCCUGGGCCCGCUGGAAGGUCCCCGGCAAGGGCCACGGCCCUCCAGCUUCCUCGGCACUCCUGGCUGCUAGCUUUCAAAAAUAAUUUGUUAAUUUCUAGGUAUUUAACCAUUUUUAAAAACAUUUUAUACUGUUUGCUUAGAAUUGUUUUGAAUUGUGAUCAAAUCAUGUGUCCUAUUAUAUCUAUUUAUUCAACUUGUAUGGGCUCUUUUUUUAAACUGAAGUAUAGUUAGUUUACAAUGCUGUGCCAAUCUCUCCUUCAUAGCAAAGUGACUCAACUACACACAGAUAUUCCUUUUUUUUUGUUACAUUCUUUCCCAUUAUGGUUUAAUACAGGAUACUGAAUAUGGCUCCGUGGGCCAUCUAGAAGGACCUUGUGUUUAUCCACCCUAUAUAUAAUAGUUUAUAUCUACUAAUUGUGUGUGCUUUUUUGUGGCCCAGUACAUGAUUGCUUUUGCAUUCCACGCGUUUAAAUAGAGGCAAAGUUCUCUCUACACAUAGCAAUUAAAUUGAGCUUGAUUUCUUUCUUCUCACACUUGGUUUUGUCUGCAGACUUAUUUCCGGAAUGGGAGCACUGAAGCCUGGGGAGCGGUUGUGGACCAAGUUCUGGUCCCGGCCCAGCCUGCAGGACGCCUGCCGCUGCCACGGACUCCAGGAGGAGAGGCUGGGGGCGGGGCCGGGUGGGACGGUCAAUCCGGUUGCCAGGAGGCGCGACCCGGACACAAUGGGGUCUGGGAGUUGGGCCCUGCAGCAGUGGGGAUCCAGACACCCCACCUUGCCUUUCUAGCCAGGAGACACAGGAACAGGUGUUGCCGGCCGCCAGCGCUCCCACCGCGCCAUGGGCUCGGACGUCUGGGUCGGCCCGUGGCGGCCGCACCGGCCCCGCGGCCCCAUCGGAGCCCUCUACAGCGGCCCGGGGCCCAAGUACAAGCUACCACCCAGCACCGGCUACAUCAUGCACGACCCGUCGCGGCCCCGCGCCCCGGCCUUCACCUUCGGCGCGCGCCUCCCGGCACAGCAGACAUCGUGCAGCCCCGGGCCAGGCCACCUGGUGCCCGCUCGCAUGACCGUGCGCGGCCUAGACAGCGCCCCCGCGUACUCCAUCUUCGGCCGCCCGAGGCACGCGGCGCCCUUCCUCACUCCCGGACCGGGCAGGUACUUCCCGGAGCGAGCCGGGAACGCGGCGUACCCCAGCGCGCCUCGGCACACCAUCGCUCCCCGAAACUGGGGCCUCCGCCUGGAGUCACAAACCCCAGGCCCCGGGACCUACACUAUGCCCUCGCUCCUGGGCCCGCGCGUAGUCGGCAAAGUCUCGGCGCCGAAUUACUCCAUCUACGGCCGCAGUGCGGUGGGCAGCUUCUGCGAGGACCUCAGCAAGACACCCGGGCCCUGCGCCUACCACGCGGUGAACCCUGGGGUCUACAAGCCCCGGGCCCCCCAGUUCUCGAUGCUGCCGCGGACUUCGUUCCCUCAAGGCAACACCUUGAAUCCCGGCCCUGCAGCCUACAACGUGGACCAGCACUGGAAGCCUCGCGGCUGGACCUUCGGGAUCCGGCACUCGGACUACUUGGCCCCGAUGCUGACCGAGGCGGACGAUGACCCGCUGGGCGGGCGCUGCCCCGCAGAUGUUUCUUAAAACCUCUGGAGUCAGCAGCGUGUCGGCCUCUUUGUGCUAGCUACGGCGGGCGGGCGGAGUCCAGGCUCCCGCAGGCCCUCGCGAUUGGUCAGGACAGAAGUGCGUCAGUCGUCCCGCCUCCCCGAGGCGGCGAUUGGCCUAGAGCCCCGCACGUCGGGGGGCUCCGCCCCUCCGCGGCUCAGGCUCAGCGAUGAGGCCAGAGGCUCUCACCCGCCGCAAGACCAGGCAGACCCGACUGGGAUCCGAAAAGAACCGACGAGGGCCACCGAACAGGACAGGGGUCCUACCCGGGGUCAGGUUGUGAGGCCGAGACCAGGGAUCCAGGUGAAGAGGGAACGGAAAAUUGUGAGAUGGAGAGGCGUGCCCAACUCGGACACUGAGAGGGGAACACAGAAGAGAAAGGGGCCCGGGGUCGGGACCUGUGCACUUGGCGUCAGCGACACGGACGCAGGGCGGCGACAGGUACCAGGUGUGUGUUGCAGCCCAGAGUAGCAGCAGCCCCAGUGACCCCAGGCCCCCUGGCCCCAUCUGCCCCUCCCGCGCCUGCUGACCAGUCCCGAGGAGGGAGCCAGAGUCCAAGCAGCUGCCGGGGCUGACCCACCUGAAGCAAGGAGACAUAAAGGGCUUCUCGUGUACUGACCUGGACUGGGUACGCAGGGCGCGCAAAUCCUUAUGUGGGGAGGGGUGGCCACCUCACGACACAGAGGUCAGGCCCAGAAAUUUCCUGCCCCCAGGAUCGCUGCAGAGCCCCACCACUGUCCUUGAUACUGAGGAUAACCCAUUGCUGUCGGAACACCCGCUCUGUGCUGCCGCCACCUUACUACCUGUGCCUAUGGGCCAUGCUCUUGGCCAUCUGGUGAUUGUGGUGCUGACCCCAGCUCUGGCCAAGUCUGGGCAGCAGCUGGCAUGGCCAGAAGCCUGGUGCCAAUAGCCUGGGGACAAAUGCCCUGAGGGCAGAGUCCUGGCACUUGCCCUGGCUGGCUGUGGCUGCAAGGUUAGAAGAAACUUCCUCUCCAGGGCAGAACCUCUGACCUCAAAGAGGCAAGCAACCACCAGCAGGUCCUGACCUAAGCCUGGCCCAGACAGAGCCCCCAAAGGCAGGACCCAGGCUUCUCAAUCCCCAGGACAGAACCUGAAUCUCCCUUCACGUCAGCCCCCAAUAACAGGAGCAAGUUAUCCAGCUUCUCCUCCUUCAGUUCCCCAGACAGGACUCCCAAGAGAAGAGUUGGGUACUCCUCUCCCUUCAGCCCCCAGGCUUGUGACCCCAGCAAUAGGCACCAGGACAGUUUACUUUCCAUUCCCUCAGCUGGACACCCACUAUACUGCUCAGUUCAGCUUCAGUUCAGUCGCUCAGUCGUGUCCAACUCUGUGACCCCAUGGACUGCAGCACAGCAGGCUUCCCUGUCCAUCACCAAGUCCCGAAGCUU